AUGACCCAGCAGAUCCCCAUGUCCUUUCGUCGAACAACCUCAGACCUCUCCUCCCCCGUCGGCGACUCUUCACCAACACACUACCACAACACCAGCAACACCGACAACAUGGUUCGCUCAUCUUCAGCAGAGCCCGCCAAGACCACCAAGCGGAAGGGCACCCGAAGCGUCUCUACCCUCACACCCUCACAACUCGCCCGCAAGCGAGCCAACGACCGCGAGGCUCAACGAGCCAUCCGGGCCAGGACCAAGGAGCACAUUGAGCGUCUGGAGCGCGAGCUGGAGGAACUCAAGAGCAAGCAGAGCCGCGACCAGACCGUCCAGGAGCUCCUGCGCCGGAACAAGGCGCUCGAGGAGGAGCUCAUGCGACUCAAGGAGACCAUGGGCGUGUCCAUGACCUCGUCGCCCUACUCCACACCAGUCUACGAUGAUAACCUCAGCUCCGGCAGCGGCGCCAUCCCCAGCCCUCGCGGUUCACCCUUCCCCUCUGGCGACUAUAACUCCCUCCCCGACUAUGGACAGCAAUAUGUCCCCCUCCCCAAUAACUGCGAGUCAUGGGCCAACACAGUUCCCUGCCCCGUCCCCUCCAACGUCUCCAGCCCCUCAUCAUCAGCCGACGACUACAGCGCAGGCUACAUCCCCACGAGCGUGCCAGCUUCGAUGCUGCCGUCCAACAACACAAGCACGUCGAGCAUCAACGCAGUAGGCCACAAGGACGUGAUCAAGAUGGAGUACGAAGAAGUGGACCAUCACGUGUCUAGACGCCGGGUUCCGCCUCAGCAAUCCCUCGCUUCCGCCCGCCACCCCCCAUACCUACAUGCAACAGCAACACCACCAGCAUCAACAGCCCGCGUGGAACAUGUAUCCGGUCUACUACCCCCAGGCGCAGUCCUCGGUUCACUGAAGGGCCACCACACGCCGAGCUCCCCCGGCAGCUGGCCGGUGCCCGUCCUGACGACAGCGCCGGCCUGCCGCUUCGACGAGCUCCUGGUGGGCUUCCUUCAGGACUGCCGCCGCAUGACAACCGCCGAGUCCAUCUACCAGACGCUGGGGCCGGCCGCCGUGGACGUGCGGUCUCUGUUCCGGAGCCACGACGCUCAGGGACAGCUUCCGUGCUCGCCUCACCCCAUCACUGACCUGAUCCGCAGCCUGGUGGACAUUGCGGGCAUGACGAGGCUCACCGAGAGGAUUGCGAUUUUUGCGCCUCUGCAGACAUUGGUCUGCUGGCUGGCUCACCCCACGGCCGAGAGGCGAGCACGCGUGGGCGAAGACUACCUACCGCGAGAGAAGCAGCUGUCGAUCCGGCACCCUCAAUGGAUCGACCUCGUCCUCUGGGGCGGACUGCGCGAGGCCAUGAUAGACCAGCAAGGGGCGUACGCCACGGAAGAGUUCCAGCGGGUCUACUUUGACUCAUUGCGCCUCAUCAACUGGCCCUACCAGCCGCUCGACGGGCUAGUGACAGAUCCCCAGACGGGCCAUGUUGGGCUCACGGAUGCCCUCAUGGCGCACGCCAUGAACGGGGCCAACUGGCGGCUGAGCGAGGCGUUUGCCCAGCGGUACCCUGAGCUUGUCGAGCUUGUCGAGGUGGAGAGUCAAUGA